AUGGGUAUUUGCGCUUCGUGCCUAGGCGGCAAUCGCCGUGACUCUUUGGAGCCCGAGUCCUCGCGACUGCUCGACGAGGAUCCUUAUCAGACCAGCUACAAUUAUGGCUCGCUUCAUGCCCAGCAGGCCAACCAGCAGCCGGAUCCGGAAUCCGUGAGGCGAGAGCGAGAAGCGCUCGAUGCAAUUUGCCAACGCACUUCAGACUCGGUCAUCGAUAUCUGGUCACUUCAACCCCAACCACAUCUCCAACCCCAAGCUACACUCCCUGCACCUGUAUCGGUUUCCAAUUCUCCCACGCCCUCUCGGGAUCCCAAGGGCGUCACAGUGGUCGCCGUUGACAAGGACAACAGUCGUCCUUCGUCCGGGAACACCGCUCCCAAGCACUGGGGCGAGGUCGUGGUGAAUACCAACAAGAAGCGGUCUCGCCAGAAUCUCAAAGACGACGGUGAUGCCCGAGACGUCUUUGGUGUUCUCAAGGUCACCUGA